CCGAAGAUGCCUCGCCCGGGCCGCAACACCUACAGCGACCAGAAGCCGCCCUAUUCGUACAUCUCGCUGACCGCCAUGGCCAUCCAGAGUUCGCCCGAGAAGAUGCUGCCGCUCAGCGAGAUCUACAAGUUCAUCAUGGACCGGUUCCCGUACUACCGGGAGAACACGCAGCGCUGGCAGAACAGCCUGCGCCACAACCUGUCCUUCAACGACUGCUUCAUCAAGAUCCCGCGGCGGCCCGACCAGCCGGGCAAAGGCAGCUUCUGGGCCCUGCAUCCCAGCUGCGGGGACAUGUUCGAGAACGGCAGCUUCCUGCGGCGCCGCAAGCGCUUCAAGGUGCUCAAGUCCGACCACCUGGCGCCCAGCAAGCCGAGCGACGCGGCGCAGUACCUGCAGCAGCAAGCCAAGCUGCGGCUGAGCGCGCUGGCCGCGUCGGGCACGCCCCUGCCCCAGAUGCCCGCCGCCGCCUACAACCUGGGCGGCGUGGCGCAGCCCUCGGGCUUCAAACACCCCUUCGCCAUCGAGAACAUCAUCGCCCGGGAGUACAAGAUGCCCGGGGGGCUGGCUUUCUCCGCCAUGCAACCCGUCCCCGCGGCUUACCCGCUCCCCAAUCAGUUGACUACCAUGGGCAGCUCGCUGGGCACCGGUUGGCCCCACGUGUACGGCUCGGCGGGCAUGAUCGACUCGGCCACCCCCAUCUCCAUGACCGGCGGCGACUACAGCGCCUACGGCGUCCCGCUCAAGCCCCUGUGCCACGCGGCCGGCCAGACGCUGCCCGCCAUCCCCGUGCCCAUCAAGCCCACGCCCGCCGCGGUGCCCGCGCUGCCCGCGCUGCCCGCGCCCAUCCCCACCUUGCUCUCGAACUCGCCGCCUUCGCUCAGCCCCACGUCCUCGCAGACAGCGACCAGCCAAAGUAGCCCGGCCACCCCCAGCGAGACGCUCACCAGCCCGGCCUCCGCCUUGCACUCGGUGGCCGUGCACUGAC